AUGAAGGCCACGCCGCGCCGCGCUCGUUUCUCUACCGGCCUUGGCUCAACAGUAGACAGCCUUUUCACCGAGUACUCGGCUGCGAACCCAAUCAGUGAUACACCCUUUGUAGCCCCAGAGACGGCUGCUGAGCGAGAUCGGGUAUGGUCGGCUUGGACGGACACUGUGCUAAAUACAGUGCUCAGGUUCUGCCGUUACCGCUCCGACGUGGACCCUUUGCAGUACUGGGUAGAUUUUGUUGGCGACCCAGCCAGUCCUGUGCUUCAGACUCCAGCUCAAGUAUUCCUACACGUAUAUGUUACAGAGUCUCAUUAG